UUCUGGAAGCAAAGGCUUUAGGGGAAUAUCCAGAUUUGUAUGGGGCUCUGAACGCUUUGAAUUUACACAAACGUGUGUGGAUGUUUAAUAUUAGAAGACGGUGGCUUUUUUGACCGUAGAAUAGCAAACAAAUAAUUUUUUGUGUGUGUGUGCGCAUGUAUAUAUGGAGAUGAGGAGAUGCCCAUUUUUUCUGAUAGGAACAUUUGGCAGUGCAUGAAACGACCUGUGGAAUAACGCUUAUUUUUUGCUUUUUUCCCUCAGAGACGUUAAAAUCAGGCAUAUUAUUGGAAUUUUUGACUAUUGGGAAGCUUUUCUGUGAACAUUUGAGAUAUUUUUGUUUUUAAAGCAACCUGGGGUACCAUAUUAGUACUACUAUUUUUUAUUAUUAACAUUACGUGAAUUUUCAAGCUAAAACACGGGUAUGAAAAAGUUGCAAUGUACUGUACCCUUAAGGGUACCUCAUUCCUAGAAGUGUGGGAUUGAUUCCAUGGAUGAAAUGCAUGGACUUUUUUCAUGCUUGAUCUACUGAAAGCAAAGAUGAAUCCGAAAAGUCUUCAAAAUGAUUUUUAUUCAUUUAUUUUUCAUUAGGGUGCAGGAUAAUUUUAUUUAAUGCUGAUUUCUCUAAUGCUGCGUAGGCAGCAACUACUUAAAUUGAACAUUAUCUUUAACCGAAGCACGCUGGACCCCUGGGUCCCCUUCUUGGGGGGUCUCGUUUAAGUUGUCCCUGGCUUUUUUUGGCCUGGAUAUAAGAUAAUCAAGGUUUUAUUUUCUUUUAUUGCUCGACGACCGUUUUUUGGACACACCAGAGGUGGAUUUAAUUUUCCAAGAAAACUAAAACGUGUCGCGAAGCAUAAUGCGGCUGGACACAUCUGUGGUUGUUUUGGUCACUUUCGCCUACAUCGUGUGCCUCUGCGGAUCGCUACAUGGAGAAAUUUGCCCCAGCACAGAUAUCCGCAACAAUGCGACCCACCUGCGUGUUCUGGAGAACUGCACAGUGAUCGAGGGCCACCUGAAGAUCCUGCUUAUAUUCAAAUCCAGACUGGAGGACUUCCGGGGCUUGAGCUUCCCGAAGCUGGUCGUGAUCACGGACUACCUGCUCCUCUUCCGCGUCUACGGCCUGGAGAGUCUGGGCGACCUCUUCCCGAACCUCACCGUCAUCCGAGGCAACAACCUCUUCUUCAACUACGCCCUGGUCAUGUUCGAAAUGAUCCAGCUGAAGGAAAUCGGUCUCCACAGCAUGACCAACAUCACUCGAGGAGCCGUGCGCAUCGAGAAGAACCCCAACCUCUGCUAUUUGUUCACUCUCGACUGGUCCAAGAUCUCUGACUCGGUGGAGGACAACUACAUUGUGGCAAACAAAGACAAGCGGGAGUGCGGAGACAUUUGCCCGGGUACCAUCACGGGGACGAUAACCUGCAAACAGACCACCAUCAACGGGAAUUUCGGCGAGCGUUGCUGGAACCAGAACCAUUGCCAAAGAAUUUGCCCCAGCACAGAUAUCCGCAACAAUGCGACCCACCUGCGUGUUCUGGAGAACUGCACAGUGAUCGAGGGCCACCUGAAGAUCCUGCUUAUAUUCAAAUCCAGACUGGAGGACUUCCGGGGCUUGAGCUUCCCGAAGCUGGUCGUGAUCACGGACUACCUGCUCCUCUUCCGCGUCUACGGCCUGGAGAGUCUGGGCGACCUCUUCCCGAACCUCACCGUCAUCCGAGGCAACAACCUCUUCUUCAACUACGCCCUGGUCAUGUUCGAAAUGAUCCAGCUGAAGGAAAUCGGUCUCCACAGCAUGACCAACAUCACUCGAGGAGCCGUGCGCAUCGAGAAGAACCCCAACCUCUGCUAUUUGUUCACUCUCGACUGGUCCAAGAUCUCUGACUCGGUGGAGGACAACUACAUUGUGGCAAACAAAGACAAGCGGGAGUGCGGAGACAUUUGCCCGGGUACCAUCAUGGGGACGAUAACCUGCAAACAGACCACCAUCAACGGGAAUUUCGGCGAGCGUUGCUGGAACCAGAACCAUUGCCAAAGAACAUUAGAGCUGUACGAUUAA